UCCUGUACUAGUAGAAGCGUUCAGCGCCUGGGCUUAGGAGGUUCUUGGGCAGUGGCUGCGUGAUGGUGAUGGCGAGUUAUGGGAGGUGGUGGCGUGGCGCACAACUGGUGUACGGAUAAGGUAGAGCUGGCUUAGGAGGUUCUUGUAGGCGAAGUCCUUAGGCUUCCUCCAACGGUUCCCCCCAUCCAACUCCCCCUAAAUGUACUUUUUAUUAUUUUUUACUACUUCUCCCUAAAAGAUUCCUCCCCCUAUAAUUCCUCCUCUCCAACCAUUCUCUCUAUACAUUCCCCCUAAACCAACUACCAUCAUUUUGUAUUCAUUUGAACUUCUCAUUCGAAAACAACGUAUAUGGACUAUACGCGAUGCGUAUUUGUAUAAAUGAACAGUACCAAUUUUAAUUCAGGCAUGCAUUUUAAUAUUGGCGUUACAAUUAAUUUGUCAUUAAUUUUUAAUUCCUAUUAAAAUGUAAUUAUUUAAUUCAAAGGCUUGAGGUCGAAGAAUCGUACCAGUUCUGCUGUGCAUUUGUCAUGAUACGGGAGUAGCUUGUGUUGGAAGGAAGUCGGAGGCUUGUGACAGAAGCUUGGCUGAAUCUUGCGGAGGAAGAUUCUUCCAUCGCAAGCUUCUAGCGCUAUAUAAUCGACGCUGGGCAACCCAAAUGUAUUGACCCACUCAGUUGAUCCUAUCUGUUGUGAACCACAAACACUAUGGCGGAUGACAACCUCACCACCGCCGCGAUCUUCCAGUGGGUGAGUAGUAGUAGAGCUAGGCUACUGAUCGACGAUGAUGACGACACCACCGUCGUCGGUCACAUCAUCCACGAAGAAGAAGCAAGGCGCCGGGAAGGCGGGAGGCGUGGUUCCAUUCCCGGUCACAUCGUGAUCGACCGGGAACAUGGUUCUGGGCAUGCAAGGAUCAUGGCGGACUACUUUGUAGAGAACCCGGUGUACACUGAUGCUCAAUUCCGCCGCCGGUACCGAAUGAGGCGUGCCUUGUUCCUUCGCAUCAUGGAAAGCGUGACGGCGAGGGACCCUUGGUUCUCUUGCCGGCCUGAUGCGACGGGGAAAAUGGGUCUAUCCCCGUUCCAGAAGUGCAUCGCGCCAUUACGCAUCCUGGCGUACGGUGUUCCGGCCGAUGCGGUUGACGAGUAUGUGCGCAUCGCAGAGUCCACCUCGUUGGAGGCUCUGAAUCGGUUUUGCGCAGCGGUGAUUGAGCUCUUUGAGGAGCAGUACCUCCGCGCACCUACUGCGACGGAUGUCGCAGCUCUCCUUGCAUUCAACAGCACUCGUGGGUUUCCGGGUAUGUUGGGGAGCAUAGAUUGCAUGCAUUGGGAGUGGAAGAACUGUCCAACCGCUUGGAAGGGCAUGUUCACUGGCCGUGGGAAGCAAGCCUCGAUGGUGCUAGAGGCAGUGGCUUCCCAUGACCUAUGGAUAUGGCAUGCAUAUUUUGGGAUGCCCGGUAGUAACAAUGAUAUCAAUGUGCUGCAUAGGUCCCCUCUAUUUCGUAGGCAGAUUAGGGAUGAGGCACCCCCCGUGCACUUCACCGUAAAUGGCAACACCUACAAUAUGGGGUACUACCUAGCAGAUGGGAUUUACCCUGAUUGGCCAGCUUUUCUUAAAACUGUUCGUCACCCCAUGACGAACAAAGAUUGUCGGUUCGCCCAGGUUCAGGAGGGGGCACGCAAGGACAUCGAGCGUGCUUUCGGAGUUUUGCAGGUUCGGUGGGGGAUCAUUCGUGGACCUGCUUACGGUUGGGACCGGUACAGGCUGAAGAACAUCAUGAUGGCGUGCAUCAUCUUGCACAAUAUGAUAAUUGAUGACGAGCGCGGUGAGAACCUACCGUACGUGUACGACAGCAAUGGUCCACCGGUGCAGCCUUUCAGGUCUGUUACUCGCGAGCAGACUGAUUUCAUCGCGGCCCACCAUAGGCUACGUGACCGUGACACGGCACACAAGCUCAAGCGCGACCACAUCGAGCAUAUUUGGUCCUUGUUUGGGUCUUCUUAG